AUGGCCACCGUGCCCCUACGUACGCGGAGGCAGUCCUCGUCACCGUCCCCUCUUGCAUACAUGCUGAGCCUCUACCGCGACCCUCUGCCCCGCGCGGACAUCAUCCGCAGCCUGCAGGCGCAAGCUUGGGGGGGGGGCACUCACCCGCUUCCUUCCUGGUUUUCUCCCCACCCAGACGUGGAGGUGGCUGGGCGGAACUGGACCUUUGCUUUUGACUUCUCCUUCCUGAGCCAAGAAGAAGAGCUGGCGUGGGCUGAGCUCCGGCUGCAGCCGUCUGGCCCCGAGGACCUGCCCGCCGAGGGCCCGCUCACCAUUGAGAUCUUCCACCAGCCCAAGGCAGACACAGAGCAGGACCCGGCCGACUGCUUGGAGCGUCUCCGGAUGGAGGUGUUCACCGUCGCUCUGUCCCAGGUCACCUUCUCCUCAGGCAGCAUGGUCCUGGAGGUGACCAGGCCACUCUCCAAGUGGCUGAAGCACCCCAGGGCACUGGAGGAGCAGGUGUCCAGUCUGGCCGGAGCGUGCUGGCGGCUACCCCCUACUCCACCUGGCACCCUGCCCGGCACCGACUCUGUCCCCACCGUGGUCCUCGUGCUCCACUCCAACCUCUCCCAGGAGCAGAGGCGGCUGGGCGGCUCCACCUUGCUGUGGGAAGCCGAGAGCUCCUGGCGGGCCCAGGAGGGGCAGCUGGACUCCGAGAGGGGCAGGAGGCACCGGCGGCAUCAGUUGCCAGACAGAAGCCAACUGUGCCGCAAGGUCAAGUUCCAGGUGGACUUCAACCUCAUCGGCUGGGGCUCUUGGAUCAUCUACCCCAAGCAGUACAACGCCUACCGCUGUGAGGGCGAGUGUCCUAACCCCGUGGGAGAGGAAUUUCAUCCGACCAACCACGCCUACAUCCAGAGCCUCCUGAAGCGCUACCACCCUCACCGAGUCCCUUCCACCUGCUGCGCCCCGGUGAAGACCAAGCCGCUGAGCAUGCUCUACGUGGACAACGGCAGGGUGCUGCUGGACCACCACAAGGACAUGAUUGUGGAGGAGUGCGGCUGCCUUUGACGGGAUCCUGGAGAUGCAGGAUUGGCCCGUUCGUAGCAUCGGGGAGCUCCUGGAAGCCGUCGAAUAAUCAUCAGCCGCUCCGGGCAGAAUGCAGGAGGGCACGAGCCGCUUUGCCCGCCAGAACUGAAGCCGAGCGGCUGCCCCCGCUGUCCAUGGAGGGCUCUGCGGAGGCUGGCCCAGCAGGGGCCUCGUCAGGAAGCGGGCGGAGGAGGCCUGGGACGGGGGCUGACACGGUUUUCUCUCGAAAAGACAAAGGUGCAUGUGUGGGGGAGUUCUUGCCCUGACCAUGUGACCCUAUGAAGCCCUUGAACUUGUACGUGCACAGUGGGGCACGUGCGUGUUGGUUUUUGAGCUAGGACACGAUCUACAGCUUCCCUAAGCUCUCAGAAGUGGUCCACGACCCGGCCCCUGCCCCAGAUUAGGAGUCCUCAUAUCAGACUGAACUGAGCCCUGCGGCUGUGGCUGCCUAGGGCUGGGGUAGGGGAGCCCCCACACACACCGCCAUGUUUCUGGCUGGCCAGGGGCAAUCUGCCAACCUUGUCCAGAGGCUCCCUGGAGUCAGCUCUGCUAAUGAGUUGUAUCCACAAUAAGGCCAUUGUCUGGUUCUCUGGGCCAGCUGGUGCCUUGGAUGGGAGAGGCAGGAACUCCUCCACAAGGACUGGCCGUGCUGCACUGGGAGCUGGGCCCUGCCAUCCCAAGUCGGUCUGCUUUGGCAGACUUAAACAACCCGAGUCUGUGAAAGCUGGUCAGUCUCUCCACGUGUGCUGUUCCUGAGGCCCGAGCUGCAGGCUACCUGGUGGCUCUGGCCGCAGUUCAGCCGCUGGGUGGCUGGGCCGCCUCCGGUGAAAUGCACACUGGCUGACACUAAUGCAUUCAUCUGUUGGAGGGCACAGAGGAGCAGGCGCUUUAAGCCAAGACCGCCCCCCUGGGCGGCAUCACCCUCUUUGAAAGCUGAAUGGCGUGCAGGGCCCUCGGGUCUGCCACGGCCCCUGACCUCUGCCAGCUCCUGGUGACUGAGUUCUAAGGCAGACUUCGUUCCAGGUCCCAUGUAGCAGCUCAGUGAAAGGAACCCUAUCAGUCCAUUUUCUGCUGUUCAACAAAAUACAAGAGAUCUUUGAAAAGUUUGUGAAACAUGCGU